GUCAACAGCAACGGCGAUGACCAGCAGGAGGAGGAGACGACGGUGCUGGCCGAGGAAGUGUCCUUCUCCCGGCUGUGCCUCAUCAUGGGUAUCACCUAUUUUGGGGUCUUCCUAGGCGCCAUCGACUCUUCCAUCAUCGCCACGCUGUCGGCGCCCAUCUCGAGCGACUUCCAGUCCCUCAGCCUGCUCUCCUGGCUCGCCACCGCCUACCUCGUCUCUAACGCCGCCUGUCAGCCAAUUUCAGGCCGCCUGACCGACAUAUUCGGGCGCGGGCCCGGCCUCGUCUUCAGCAACGUCUUCUUCGCCGCCGGCAACCUCAUCUGCGGCCUGGCGCAGAGCUCCAGCGUCAUGAUCCUGGGCCGCGUCGUCGCGGGCAUCGGCGGCGGCGGCCUGAUGAGCAUUUCGACCUUUCUGGGAUCUGACCUGAUCCCCCUGCGCAGCCGAGGCGUGGUGCAGGGCAUUGGCAACAUCUGCUACGGCUCUGGCGCAAUGCUGGGCGGAGUUUUUGGAGGCUUGAUGAACGACCAUUCGAAGUUCGGCUGGAGAAUGGCCUUUCUCGUCCAGUUUCCUCCGGCGAUAGUUUCUGCCGUGGCCGUAGGUAUCCUCGUCAGGGUGCCGCCCAAGCAGUCGGACAAGUCGUACCUUGCGCGCAUCGACUUUGGCGGCGUCUUCCUGACGGUGUCCUUCCUUAUCCUUCUGCUGCUGGGAGUCAAUUCCGGAGGAAAUAUCGUCCCUUGGACCCAUCCCCUACCGCUCACGACGAUCCCGCUCUCCCUUGUCGCGUUUGCCGGCUUCCUUUGGUGGGAAAGCAGAGCGACGCAGCCAAUCAUUCCCGUCCGGCUCCUCCUGGACCGCACCCUAUUGUCCGCCUGCAUGUGUAACUUUCUGUCGACCAUGGUAGUCAUGGCGAGCGUUUUCUAUGUUCCGCUGUAUCUUCAAGUCCGCGGCGACUCGCCAACAGUUUCGGGGCUCAAAAUUCUGCCCUCUCCUAUCGGUAUCUCAAUCUGCUCCGUCGGGGCCGGGUACAUCAUGAAGAAGACCGGCCGAUAUAUUGGCCUGGGCAUUGGCAGUCUGCUCAUGAUUAUCUCUGGAAUCCUCAUCUACGCUACACAGAAUGAGAGCACUCCCGCUGAAGCGACGAUGGUUGCAGUCUUCCUGCUCGGAGGAGGAUAUGGUUCGAUGUUAACAACGACGCUGCUAGCAGCAAUCGCGGCCGUUGAUCACAGUAAGCAGGCAGUCAUCACCUCAGCAACCUACCUUGCUCGGAGUCUGGGCGGUACGAUUGGCAUCACAGUCAGUUCAGCCGUCUACCAGAACGUGCUCAACGACCGCUUGUGGAAGCGCUUCGGCGACGAGCCACACGCAGCGGAAAUCAUCCAAAAGAUUCGCGAUGACCUCAAUUUUCUCAAGCACCUGCCGCCGGGAUGGCAUGACGGGGUGCUGAGCUCGUUCAUGGAUGCCUUCAGAGGCGUCUGGUUCCUCAUGCUCGCGCUGGCCAUUGGGGCUCUGAUUUGUGUUUCGCUGAUGAGGCAGCAUACGUUGCACGAGACUCUUUCUAGACGGUGAAGAUGACUGGCGUAUAAUCUGUUUGCUAUAAUUUCUUCUAUAGCUCCCUGUUUCUUUGUCUAGGUACCUGAGCACUUUUAAUUUGGAGUAACCACUCCUGUAUUGCAUUUUGGAUAG